UGACCGUAUUGCAGACCUAUUGGAAGUGUGUGAAGUCCUCCAAUACUGCGGGUGGCGCUGUGAGGGGACUGUUGCUGCUCUUUGCUCUCGGCUUUAGUGACAGGUUGUGAGUAGGACACGAUGGCGAGGAGGGCGAUCUAUCCGCUGUACCAGCUGGGUAACCCACAGCUCCGUGUAUUCAGAACCAACUUUCAUAUGACUUUAGUGAGGCCUGGCAAAGAGCAGCCACCGGACACUGUGCAAUUCCGAAUCCCUCUGGAGAUGACCAAAGUGGAUGUACAGAAUUACCUGCAGAGAAUAUACAAUGCGCCUGUAGCUACUGUACGCACCCGCAUUCAGUAUGGUAACAACAGGAAAAGGAACCAUUUGAAUCAGCGAGUAAAGCGCCCAGAUUACAAGGUGGCCUAUGUGCAGCUGGGCCAAGGACAGACUUUCCAGUUCCCCGAGCUGUUCCCUCAAAAGGACGAGACUCCAGAAUCUGGUUCUUUUGAUGAGGUUCAGAUGGAGUUUAUGGAGAACGAGAAGCAGAGACAGAAGAACGAUCCACGUCGGGGGGGACUCAAUGACUGGUUUGGACUUUAGACUUUUGGAUUUGAACCAGAAGCUGAAAUCUUGGGGGGAUUUACACUUAAGACAAAGGUUCCCUGAUCCCACCAGGCCAAGAUGACCAUGUAUAAAGCAGCCCGUUGGACUUCUCUGUCUUGAACAAUAUAUGCAUGGACCCAAUCCCAAUGGAUUUGCGGAAAAUUGUUCUCUAACCUACAUAGAACAUUUCUGAGUUGAUCAACAGUGGACUUUAACAACCCAAUCGCAUUAGUUCAUUAGCAAGAGAUCUUGUACACAGAUUACUUCCCAUUAUAGAGAUUGGGAAUAACAGAACGUAGGGAAAAAUCAAAGUCGGAAAUUCUAAAUAAAUUCAUUUGUUUUUUGGUUUUCUUAAUAA